AUGGCCGCUCCCAAGUGGAUGGCUAGUUCGGGGUUCGACGGCGGCCUACGCCCCGCCACCUCCCCUGACGGCCGGACACAACCUCAACGUCAAACAAGCCACGCUGCGCCUGGCGGAUACUUCUUCCAAACCACGCAGAGUCGAUCAACCACUUGCCUUUCGGAACCUCGAGGCCAGCUGGCUCUUGACGUCAAAGUCCGUCCAUCGGUCCUUUCCAAGAUGGCCGGUCAUCCCCCCCAACCACCAUGACUGCCCGGCCAACCAUCCCACCAUCAGUCCAGCCAGC